GCAGGAAAACACCUUCCAUCUUUCUGCAGCUUCCACAGCUCCGAGCACAUGAUCUGCACUAAUACACAGAAUCAAACAUACCCCGAGGAGAACCUGGAGGCCCGGCCAGUCCUCAGGGAUCCAACACGUGGACUGAGGACCUGUGAGAGGACUACAUAAGUUCCCAGAGAGGGCGACACAAGAGGCCUCUGCUCUUCCUGUUUCCAUCAGAUUGUGAACCAGACUGUGACUGUGAACACUAGACGUCAAAACCACAAUCACAGCAGCUGCUGAACAUUCAGACUUCCUCAAAACACUCCACACUCCAGGUGAGCGCUGAAGCUCUUGAUGAUGCCUCCUUCCUCCAACUCCAGCGCUGGAGGAUUUGAGGUGGGGAAGCAGUGCAUCGUCAACGACCAGAUGGGACCUUUCACUGUCCUCUACAUCCUCAUCUUCAUCAUCAGUCUACCUGGAAACCUGCUGUCUGUGUGGGCCUUCAUCCGCAGUCCCCGAGCCAAGCAGCAGAGCACCAGCGUCUACCUGGUCAACCUGCUGGUGGCCGACCUGCUGCUGCUGCUCGCGCUGCCCUUUAAGAUCCUGAAGGACCUCGGGGUGGCGCCGUGGAGCCUCAUGGUGUUUCAUUGCCAGGCCAGCGCCGUCACCAUCUACAUCAGCCUCUACGCAUCCGUCGCCUUCCUCGCCUUCAUCAUUACUGACCGCUACCUGCAGGACUGCAACACUCUGCGAUCUCUGCGGCUGCAGGAGGCCGGCUUCGCCCGGCUGCUGACGCUGGUCGUCUGGCUGCUGCUGCUGCUCAUCAUGGUGCCCAACAUGGCUCUGCCCAUACAGGAAGUACAGCAGCAGCAGUACCUCAGCUGUUCAUCUCUGAAGAAGGACGUCAGCCUCCACUGGCACGCCCUGACCGUCUUCCUCUGCACAGCUUUGUUCCUCAACGCCUCCGCCACCGUGCUCAUCUCCAGCGGUCUGGCUCUCAAAAGACUCCUGGGCAGUCACAACGACCCCAAACUCUGGGUCGACGCCAGGCGGGCUGCAGGGAAUGUGACAGCCAUGGCGAUGGCCUACAUACUCAGCUUCGUGCCCUACCAUGUUGUCCGGACGCCGUACACGUUGGCCCAGACCAGAGUCAUCACAGACUGCCAGACCAAGAGGCAGCUGUUCCUGGGGAAGGAGUCGACGCUGCUGCUGAGCGUGCUGCACCUCUGCUUCGACCCCCUGCUCUUCUUCUACCUCUACACACCUUUCAGACAGACCAUGGGCAAGAUGUUACCCUGCAGCAGAAAGCAGACAGUCAGCUGUGCAGAGGAAGAGGCUGCCGAGGAAACCAUGCAACGUACAACAUGUGUGCAGCAGGAGGAUGCGGUCCAACCACAGAUACAGUAUCGUGUUUGUGAAGAAGGGAUUCGCACGCAUUUUCAUAUCAAAGACCACCAAACUUCAAACUAGCCUAGCUUAGCACAAAGACUGGAAGCAUAUGGUUGAACUGAAAAUGAAAUGUUCUUUUAUGCACCAAAUCAAAUCAUGACAUCUGAGAAGGAACCUGAAAUAAACCUGAUUUAAAUCAAUAUGACUUUGACUGUGAAUUCACUGUUUAUACAUUCUGUAAACGAUGUAACUGAUCCUUGUUUUGAGUCUGAUGGUUUGGUGUUAGUUUCUGACAAUCUUUAUAGGUAUAAUCUUUAAUUUACAUUGAUUGACAGGUCUGUUAAUACAGGGGCUAACAAGAGACAACAUCUAAAUCUAAAGUUAUUCAUGUUUUCUGCUGCUGUUAAAAGUUCUUUACAUCAUUAAUAUCUGUAAAAAAUACGGCAUAUUCUGAAUUCUGAUAAACUGUGAUGUAAAAAACCAAACAACCUCCAAAUGAAUAAAUAAAAAGAGAAAUAAAUGAACAGUG